AAAAACCCUCGGCGGUGUUCCUUUUAGAGGAGUUCUGAUAUUUCCGAGUUUUGAAGAAUCAGUCGUACGAGUUAUGCAGAGACGCACCUGACACAAUGGAUGAGGUCAUUGGGCAGGAGGGUACAUUUUACGCCAAGGCAGAGGGCUACUGGAAGCAAGUCCCUCCCACGGUGGAUGGUAUGCUAGGGGGCUAUGGCAGCAUCUCAAGCAUAGACAUAAACGGCUCUAAGAAGUUCCUGCAGAAAUUCCUUGGGGAGGGUCAGGGGAAGACCAACGCCGGGGUCGCCCUGGACUGUGGAGCUGGCAUCGGCCGCAUCACCAAGCGGCUCCUGCUGCCGCUCUUCCACAAGGUGGACCUGGUGGACGUCACACAGGAGUUCCUGGACAAAGCCAAGGCCUACCUAGGGGAGGAGGGCAAGAAGGUGGACAACUAUUUCUGCUGUGGCCUCCAGGACUUCCAGCCUCAGGCUGGCCGCUACGACGUCAUCUGGAUCCAGUGGGUCAUAGGUCACCUUACGGACGAGCAUCUGGUCGAGUUCCUGCGUCGUUGCCAGGGUGGCCUGCGGCCCGGCGGGCUGAUUGUCAUCAAGGACAAUGUGGCGUACGACGGCGUGAUCCCCGACGACGUGGACAGCAGCGUGUGCCGGGACCUGCCUCUGGUGCGGAGGCUGAUCAAGCAGGCCGGCCUGGGCGUCGUGUGUGAGGAACAGCAGCUCAACUUCCCCGAGGAGAUCUACCAGGUGUGGACACUAGCAAUGAGAUAGGGCCAACCAGCCAGAUGAUGAUGAUGAUGAUGAUGAUGAUGAUGAUGAUAACGACAAGGAGGGCGACGACAACAUCGAUAUAAACUGAGAAUGUGCCACGCAUGCCUGCAUGUGUCAGGUGAUGGUUGUGUCGUGUACGUUUCUAGGCGUGGUUUUUUUGGAAGAUGAAUUUUUGUAUGUGUGUUACUCCAGUGUCUUUGUUAGAAUGUAUGCACUAAACUUUUAAUGAGCUCUAUUAAUGUAAACACACAAUAUUGUUACUAUUGCCAAGAUUAUGAAAUUGCAGAUACACGACUCACAAAAAGUCAGGGAUAUUUUUGGCUUUUGGGUGAAAUUUCAGGAUGAACCAAAAUCCACCGUAACCUUUACAGGUGAACUUAAUGUGACCUACUUUUGAAUGUGCAUGUCCAACAGUUAAGUGUUUCAAUUCGUUCUGUGCUGAAACAUUGAAUUUCACCUGAAAGCCAUAUGUCCCUAACGUUUUGAUAGUAGUAUAUAUUUCAUAAUGAAUGUACUGUUUGAGGUACAUUAAACUCAGGUAUUGAGUUAUUUUAUGAAAAAUAAAAAUAACUUCAGAGGUCUGUCAUGAGAUGUGAGGUGAUGAACGUCCACUUAGCAGUGGACUCCGCCGACCAGCAUAGAGAGAAUACAGGCAUGCUGCUGCUUCUUCUUAUCACGUACGCCUCCUCAGAAUGCACGUUUUUAAAGCUAUUUUUAUUCAGAAAGACAGAUAAUCCAAUCAAACUACAGGCAAGUGAACUCUUCCAAUCAGUCUUUUGCUAUUCAGUGAGAAAGAGGAUGCAGUGACAUUUGGCGUCAGUACACUUUUGUCUGCGCAAGGACAGGAGAGGGAUGACAUGAAAUGCUGUAACAUAUUUAUAUUUUGUGAUGUUUGUGUGUGUGCGUUCUGAAAGUGUGUGAAUGUGUAAAAUAUACAUCUUUGAAGAAA